AAAGUCGAGAAAAUCAUAUAAAAAGUUGUCGUAUUUGAUUUGGAGCAGUGCGGUGAUUACAAAUUUGGAUAGUAGAAACACAAGAGGGAGAGAUUCUGGGAAACCAAACAGAUCGAGAUGAUCAGCAAGUUAUUUCAUAAUUUUGUUCAAUCGCCCCAGCCUGAGAACGAGGAGGAGAAGAAGACAUUGAAGGACCUCCAACCAUGCGUUGCAAUUCAUUAUGGAAUCCCCUCUGCUGCUUCAAUCCUCGCCUUCGAUCCGUUCCAGCGCCUCUUGGCUAUAGCGACUUCGGAUGGAAGGAUUAAAGUGAUUGGAGGUGAUAAUAUAGAAGCCCUUCUUAUAGCUCCAAGGCCUUCAUCUUUCAAAAACUUAGAGUUUUUACAUAAUCAAGGUUUCCUAGUGAGCGUCUCGAAUGAAAAUGAAGUUCAGGUCUGGGAUCUUGAAUACAGGUGUAUAGCUGCUCAUACGCAAUGGGAGUCCAAUAUAACUGCAUUCUGCACGGUCUAUGGCUUUCCUUACAUGUAUGUUGGAGAUGAAUAUGGAUUUUUGUCUGUGCUAAAAUUUGAUGCCCAAGAAGGAAAUCUCCAACAAUUGCCCUAUUACAUUGCUGCAAAUGUUGUAGCUGAUGGGACUGGGGUUUCACUACCUGAUCAUCUGUCUGUUGUUGGUGUUUUACCACAGCCUUGUUCCUCAGGAAAUAGAGUUCUGAUUGCAUAUGCAAAUGGGUUCAUUAUUUUGUGGGAUAUUACUGAAGAUCAAGCCGUCCUUGUUAGUGGGCGUAAAGAUAUUUUGCUGAAAGAUGCAAUAGUAGUCAACUCUUCAGAUGAUGUGAGACAUGAGCCUUCUGAAGGCACAUCAGAUAAUAAUGGACAACUAGAGAAGGAUAUAAGUUCACUUUGUUGGGUAUCUUCUGAUGGUUCAGUUUUAGCAGUUGGUUAUGUAGAUGGUGAUAUAUUGUUGUGGAACCUGACAAAUAGUGCCUCCACCAAGGAUUUACAAAGUCAUAAAUCAUUAAACAAUGUCAGUAAGCUAAAAUUAUCCUCUGCUCAAAAGAGACUUCCCGUCAUUGUUCUACGUUGGCAUUCUAAUAGUGCAGAUAAAGGUCCAAAAGGCCAGCUCUUUGUGUAUGGCGGUGAUGAAAUUGGUUCAGAAGAAGUCCUGACGAUAUUAACUCUUGAUUGGCCACCUGGGAUAGAAACAUUAAUAUGCAUUUCCCGUAUUGACCUGACACUUGGUGGUUCGUUUGCGGAUAUGGGUUUGGUACGGAGUGGUGGUUCUGGAGAACAUAGUGAUGUCUCUACAUUGUUUGUAUUGACUAAUCCAGGACAAUUGCAUUAUUAUGAUGAGGCCUUCUUAUCAGUUCUGAUGUCCAAUCCAAACAAAAAACAUUCUGCUCAUGCCAUUCAAUAUCGUGCAGUUAUACCUACCACUGAACCCAACAUGAGUGUAGGAAAGCUCAGUGUACUAAAUGAAGAGGCAAUGUGUGUAACCAAACUUCGAGGCAUAUCUACUAAGAGUGGUACAAGUACAAACUGGCCUCUGAGCGGCGGCGUUCCCUAUAAAUUAUCCUCAGACGAAAGUAGAUGUAAGAGAAUUUAUAUUGGAGGCUAUGAAGAUGGAUCUGUCCGAGUAUGGGAUGCAACAUUUCCAGUUCUGUCCCUUGUAUCUGUUAUAGGAUGCCAGGUGGAAGGUUCUGAAUUAGCAGGCACGGGGUCGUCUGUAUCAGCAUUGGACUUUUCCUCUUCUACUUCAAGUUUAGCUAUCGGCGAGGAAAGUGGUCUGGUUCGUCUAUAUUGCUUAAUGCAGAGGUCUGAGAAAUCAACCCUUCACAUUGUUACGGGAACCAACCAUGAAGUUAACAAUGUGCCCAGUGGAGGCCAGAAUCAAUGCCUAGCUGUGUUCUCACUUGUCAAUUCUCCGGUACGCUCCCUACAGUUUGUAACAUCUGGAUCCAGACUUGCUAUUGGAUUUGAAUGCGGUCAGGUUGCAAUGGUUGAUCUUAGUUCAUCAAAACUAUUAUAUCUCAAAGACUGCAUAUCACGGUCAAGUUCCUCAGUGAUAUCUUUGACUGUGAAAUCAUUUCCCGAUACCCUCGACAAUAGUUUAGGCCUUUCUAAAGAUAAAAAAUCAGCUGAACCUGCGGAUGAAAUAGCUUUCGUUUUGACAAGAGAUGCUCAGAUAACUGUUAUUGACAGCACCAGGGGAGACAUAAUUACUGCCUUGCCAACUCAACCAAAGACACAAUCAACUGCUUUGUCUCUGUAUAUAGUAGAGGGAAACAACUCUAUCUCUGACGUGUCUGAGAGUUAUCUGCUGAAUUCAUCUCAGGAUUUAGAAGCCAAAAGCAAAAUUGAAGUUACGAAUGAGUGUCAAAGUGAUAUUAAAGAAGUUAAUGUCAAUGCCCAUUAUAAUCCUAUUACUAUAGGGCAGAGAUUUAAUGACUCUUUAAUUUUACUUUGUUGUGAUGAUGGGCUGCAUUUAUACUCAUUGAGUUCGGUUGUACAGGGUGAAAAUAGGUCUAUUCGCAGUUUGGAGCUUACUACCAUUUGUUGCUGGACUACAAUCUUUGAAACAGAUGAAAAAUGCCUGAGCCUUAUUUUAUUCUAUCAGACUGGAUUGAUUGAAGUCAGGUCCUUGCCUGAUUUGGAAGUAGUGGGUGAUACCUCUAUUAGUUUACUUCUUAAGUGGACCUUCAAGACUAAUAUGAACAAGACGAUGAGUUCUUCUGGUACAGGGCAGAUAACAAUGGUGAACGGGUGUGAAUUUGCUUUGUUAUCUCUUUUGGCCUUUGAAAAUGAUUUCAGGAUUCCAGAAUCCCUACCUAAUCUUCAUGAUAGAGCCCUUGCAGCUGCAGCAGAUUCCGGUGUUGCUUCAUCCCUAAACCCAAAGAAGAAGCAGAUAACUACAACUGGAAUAUUAAGUGGUUUAAUCAAAGGAUUCAACAUUGGUAAAGAUCAGAGUGGAGACAUAUAUGAAACUCGAGAAAGUAUUGUUGAGCAUUUGGAUCACAUAUAUUCUAGGUUCCCGUUCUCUGGUUCCUUGAAUAUUCCAGAUGAAGACCUUGCUGAAUAUGACAUAGAUGAUAUUGAGAUUAAUGAACCUAUCCAGCUUUCUCCUCCACGUGUUCAAAACACAGAUGAAAGAAAAGACAAGGAAAAAGAGCGAGAGAGAUUAUUUGAAGGAGGCUCUACUGAAUCCAAGCCAAAACUUAGAACUGCAGAAGAAGUCAGAGCAAAAUAUAGAAAGACAGGGGAUGUGUCUGUUGCUGCUGCACAAGCAAAAGACAAACUCAUAGAGCGACAAGAGAAGCUAGAGAAACUCGGCCGAAACACAGAGGAGCUACAAAGUGGAGCUGAAGAUUUUUCAUCAUUAGCGAAGGAACUUGCCAAAAGAAUGGAAAAUCGCAAAUGGUGGCAAUUAUGAUAGGGAUUCAGCAAUUAAGUGCUGAUGUGAGUAUCAUGUAGCUGAUGUCACAUUCAUAAUUAAUAUCAUACACAGAAUACCGCUUCCAUAUGAGACAUUAUACAUGGCCUCCUCACAUCAAUGAUAACAUUUGAAUAUAGGCAGCCCUCCGGCCCCUCUCCAUUGCCUCCUGUCUGGAGAUGUCUACGCCAAGUGAAUGGUAAAAACAUUUAAAAUGUUUGUAGCCUUUUCAUAGUAUCAUUUAUAAGAACAUAACAGAGAGAAUGUAAACAAAAAUAUGUUAAGAUAUGUUCCUCUUUUCAUCCCGCCUUAAUACAGGGUGAAUUAAUGUUCUAAAAUCGGGCGACUCGGAUGAGUACUCAGAUGUAAAAACGUAGCGUGUACAGGACUAGUCUUCUUUUCUACUUUAACUGGUUCACAUCUACCAGUA